GACCUUCAUAAAAGCAGGCCAUUGGUACGAGUAACGAGCCCUGCUUUUCCCUCUAUAUACAAGGCCGUGUGCGCUUGUGACAGUCAUCUAUCAAACGGAAAAGCUUUGCUUUAACGGCGGCAGCUAUGCCCUGGUUUGCAUUGCAGGUGAAGGCGCAGUUCGAGAACGUGAACAACUUGAGGCCAGUAGACGACAGCUACCGGAUUUUCUGUAAAGUCAAAUGCACGUCAUGUCAAGAGGAACACCCGAACUGGGUGACCAUCACAAAGAACGAGUCUGCGGAUCUCAGCGGUAGUAGGGGCCAAGCGAACCUAGUCAUGCGUUGCCAAUUCUGCAAGAAAGAAUCUUCGGCCAAAUUCGACGAGCCCACCGCGAAGAACCCGACAUUUCGGGUGUACGAGGUGCCCGACAGCUCGGCGCCGGACUUUCAGACCCUUUGCCAGAUUGAAUUCAGAGGAUUGGAACCUGUUUUGUUCCAGCCAGAUCCUGAUAGCUACUUUGCAUGCGAUUCGACCUCGUCCAAGUCGAAGUUCACAGAAGUGCAGUUCGAGGACGGAGAGUGGAUGGAUUACGACGAGGCGGGCUCAACGGAAGUGUCAAUAAUGGACUUUGAGACAAGAUGGAAGCGAGCCUGAAGCAAUAGAAACUGGCAUGCAAGCAAAAAGUGACAUGCAAUGCUAGUAGUUGUACGUUGAAUGUCACAGUAUAUAUGUCACAGUAUACAAGCUUUCAAUCACCAUGCCUUCGU